AUGUCGAGCUUUGAGAAAUCGCAAGAGGAUCAUGUUUCUGAAAAGGCCAAAAGCUCUAGCUCUCACCUUCCUGAGAUAGAAAAGGCCGCGACUCUUGACACCAUUCACAAUGACGAGGCCAUCAAGGUUCUUGCCAAUUACACAGGCGACGAGACAUGGACUGAGGAGGAAGAGAAGAAACUCAUUCGACGUAUUGACUGGAAACUAAUGCCAAUUCUGUGUGUCACUUACGGACUCCAGUAUUAUGACAAGGCAAUGUUCUCGCAGGCCGCACUAUUCGGCAUUCGAAAUGAUUUAGAUUUGGAUGUUGGAAACAGAUAUGCUUUUGCGGCUGCCAUUCUUUAUCUGGGAUUCAUUGUUGGGGCAUACCCGGCAAUGACUCUUGCUCAAAGGUUUCCAAUCGAACGGAUCGCUUCCAUGAUCAUCACAUUAUGGGGCAUAUGUUUGAUCUUGACGCCGGUGUGCUCCAAUUAUCGAGCAUUGUAUGCACAGCGUUUCUUUUUGGGAAUGCUAGAAAGUGGAAUUAGCCCGAUGUUCAUGCUUGUGGUGGGCGGAUGGUACAAAAAGAAUGAGCAAGCAUUCCGUAUGGGGAUUUGGUAUAGCUGUACCGGCUAUGUUUCUAUCUUCUCGCCGCUCAUCAACUAUGGUUUGGGUCACAUCAAGGGCUCUCUCUCUCCGUGGAAAUACAUGUACCUUGUCGCGGGGGCCAUCACAAUUGCCUGGGGAAUUAUUUUGGUUUUUCUACUUCCAUCAGACCCGGUCAGUGCACGUGGAUUCAACGAACGCCAGCGCUAUAUUGCUGUAGCCCGACUCAGAGUCAACAACUCCGGCGUCCGCAACACGCAUUAUAAGAAAGGUCAGGUCUUUGAACUUCUCGGUGACCUGAAGUUCUGGCUCAUCUUCCUAACCGCGCUUCUGAGCAUGAUCGCGAAUGGUCCCAUCUCCACAUUUAUUCCAAUCAUCAUCAACUCCUUCGGAUUUAGUACGCUGAAUUCCCUGCUUCUCGUCAUGCCGCAGGGCUUCCUGGGCGGGUCUUACCAGCUGCUGGCCCCUUACUUAGCCUAUCGAUUUUCUGAGAAUGGUAUACGGUCAUGGAUUGUCUUCACUGCUCAGAUGAUUACUACUUUGGCGGCUAUCUUAUUGGUCGUAUUGCCGCUGGAUGCAACAGGUGGCUUACUCUUUGCGUGCUACAUCCUUCCUGCUGUUGGUGGUGGUUAUGCCGUUCUUAUGGGGUUGCAAAUUGCGAACAUUGCAGGAUACACAAAGAGGUCAAUUGCCUCAUCGGGACUUUACAUUGGAUAUUGUCUUGGAAAUUUCACGGGGCCGCUCGUCUAUAAGAAGAUGGAUGCCCCACGCUAUGUUCCAGGCUUUAUCACGGUUGUUGUUACGUCGUUUGCUGCUGGUAUUACCAUUUUGCUUUAUCGAUUUGUCUGCGUGUGGGAAAACAGGAAGCGAGAUGAGUCGGGUACUUCUGAGGGUUACGAGAAUGCUUACCAGGAUGAUCUGACGGACAAGACAAACCCCCAGUUCAGGUACAUAUUGUAA